GCUAGCCACGUAUGCUAAGAAAGUAGCAAUGUUUACAGGAAGUAGUGGCGUAAACCAAACGUGAAACGUAUAAACACGUCGCAAACUACAACAACUUAACCAAAGAUGUUAAAGUGACAUCGAUUUUCAAAUGAUUGUGUUUGCGUUUGAGGAGAAAUGAAAAAAGUAAGAAACGUGUUUGAUAACUUAACUACGCGUGCCUACUGACGUUGUCCACUUUAGUAGUUUAGAUGUGACGGACAUUUUACUUCCGUAAACAUUUAUCCUUCAAGUGUAACCAAAACAACUGCGAACAUUUAAUUCAGGUCAUACCACCGGCGUUGCGGUGAGUUUAAACCGUGAACACCUUUAAGUGGUUCAGUGAGCCAUGGACUUCCUCACUUUGUUUGCUAUUUACGUUGUGGUAGUUCUUACGGCCAUUAUAUUAGUCUGCAAAUAUUCCGGGCAGCAACAAAGUCCAUUUAAUUACAUUUUUGACGCCACAUCAAAGCUACUUGCGCCACUUACUCCACAAUGGCUCAAGCAGUGUUUUCAGUGGACCUCGCACAGGUUCUUUCAUCAAAGGAGCAACAUGUUCAUCUAUCUCCACAUCCUGUUGGAGGCGGCUGUAUACGCAGAGUUCACCUAUGAAGUUUUUGGUUUCUGCGUGGAGAUGGGCACCUCUCUCAUCAGCCUGUCCGUGCCUUACAUUCUACUUGCGGUCAAGACUUUGUUCUUCUACAUUUGCAUUAAGAGCGACCCAGGCACUGUGACAAAGAAGAAACUCUCCAGCCAGUUGAGCAUGUAUCCGUAUGACAAGAGGCUGUUUCACCCGGGCAUCUUUUGCCCAACAUGUCAUCUUAUCAAACCUGCCCGCUCCAAGCACUGCAGUGUAUGCGACAGGUGCGUCCAGCGUUUCGACCACCACUGCAUCUGGGUGAACAACUGCAUCGGCGCCUCCAACAUCCGUUACUUCCUGCUCUACCUGUUCAGCGUGUGCGCCAUGGCGGCGGACAUCGCCAUCCUGAGCAGCCACAUGCUGCUCGAAGCAGCGCUGCGUUCGGGGCUCGUGUGGGCCAUCUACCUUGACGAGCACGACCAGCAACAGACGGCUGGGCCUCUAUUUGUCAUCCAGCAACUGUUCCUGGCCUUCCCCCGAAUCGUCUUCAUGCUGGGUUUUGUCGUCUUCGUCUUCUUGCUGCUAGCCGGUUACGUAUUGUUCCAUCUCUUCCUCAUGAUCAUCAACCAAACCUCCAAUGAGUGGUACAGAAAUCGCGGCUACGCUUGUCAACACUGCCAGCCAAAUGCCACAGCUGACCAUUCCUGUAACACGCCAUCUCACACUUCUAAAAGAAACUACUAUAGCCGAGGGAUAUUCCGGAAUUUGAGAGAGGUAUUCUUUCCUCGAAAAAUGGGUGGGAAAAAAAGCACUUAGGACAUUGCCACUGUGCUGUUUGUUGACAUCCAACAAUCAAUUACUCGUUUUGAAGAAAAAGUGAUCCCCUAUCAGGCAUGGACUGGAAAAGUGCCCCAACUAGAGAAACAAAAACUGCUGUAUUCCUUCCAUGCUGUUAUAUCAUUGAACUGAUUUUUUUACUCUUAUUUAAUUUUGGGGGGAAUUUUCUGUAACGUUUUAGGAGAUUUCGAUGUGGUACAUUUUUCUAAUAUAUUGCCUUACUUGGAUGAGAAUGCCUUAAUUUUUUGUAUUUUUUUUCCUCUAUUAAAUGAGUUGCAUUUUUAA